AUGACGAAGUUACUGAACCGCUGCCAAGCCAGAUGGUCUGAAUUCCUGUCCCGUUUUAACUUCAAGAUUGUCUACUGCCCCGGAAAGCAAGGAGCGAAGCCGGAUGCUCUGACCAGGAGGUCAGAGGACCUGCCUAAAGAGGGGGAUGAACGCCUGUUGCACCAGAGUCAGAUAGUGCUGAAAAGAGCCAACCUUGACGAUUUCUUACCUAUAAAUAGGAAACCGGAAGACCAGCCCGUCGAGUUGCCACCAACUCCAGCACAGACUCCUGAGGUUCCUGAACCAGUGCCUGCUGCCCAAGAACCCGUGCCGGGACCAGCCCGCCCCGCCAAGCGAGUACGAUUCGCAGACCUGAUCCUGAAGCUGUACGCGAUCACUCGCAGCCAGCUCCGUGGACCUGGAGCUCCAGACCACCGACCACAGCCCGAUUUGGAACCACCACGGCCUGCACUGCCCGUCGAGAGAACUGCACCGCUGCUAUCUCCCCAGAUCCAGGACCUUUUCAACUAA